UGUGAUAAAGCUGUUACAUCAUAUUCUUAUCUUCUUCCCUGAUUGUAACUUUUGUCUCUCUCGUUGCAUGUGUAUUCUCUCAUUAUACUUUUCUUUUCAAUCUUCCAAUUUAGUGUCUUUUCAUAACAAGUUAUCAAAGUCAUAACUCAUAGCUAAUACCCUUCUUCUCAAACCAUUUUUCAAAAUUUCCAGUUGUAUUUAAUUCUAUUUUCAUAGUCAAAUUUUGUAAUUGCUAUAGUUUUGAUAAAUUGUGAUGGAAACUUAUAUUAAUGUGACAGUUACAUGGAACAUAGGGAUGGCCCACAAAAGUGAUGUUUAAGAAAACAGGAGAAAAUAAUUGAGGUUUGUUUGUGACUGAAGUAGUUGAAAGAGUCACAAGUUUAAAGCUAUGAAAUUGUUGUUAGGUUCACAAGUUAGUAGUUGGAACAGUACAAUUUACAAGUGUGUGUGGUUUGAUAAGUUUUAAUUAUUAAUUUGAAUAGUUGAAAAGGGGAAAGUGAAAAUUGGAGGCAAUGAAUCAAAAGUCUAUUGAGAGAGUGGUUUCACAAAGAGCAAUGCAAAUGGGUAGUUCAUUUCCUUGUCAAAUUUGUGUUGUUGGAUUUCUAUGUGGAAUCUGUUUAACUUCUCUGUUCUUAGCUACUUUGACUUCUUUUGGUGCAUUUCACUUUAACCCCACUUUGUUUUCAUCCAUGUCAAUAGCUAAUUCAACUACUUCUCACAACAAUAUCAACAUGGUUACAAGAUCCAACUGCAAUUUUAAGAUUAAGGAAACUGAGAGAUUAUUGAAUUCGAAGAGCACUAGAGAGCGAGACGACAUCGACGAUGAAAGAGUCUCAUUGCUUUACUCGGCAUGGAGUGAAGUGUCGAAUAAAUCUACAAUUGAUGACAAUGGAGACUUAGAGCACAAACAUGGAAUUAGAGGGUCUAGUUUGCCUAAUGCUCCACAUUUGGAAAACUGUAAGUUGAAAACGCAACUAUAUCACGAUUUCGACGAGCGUAGAGGAAAUGAUAGGUUUCCACCAUGGACAAGUUGGAAGGGAUUUUUACAGACAUUACCUGUUACUUCAAACCAGCUGAUACAAAAUCCAAAGCAUGAAGCUGUAUCUGAAGGAGCUUAUCCACCUUGGAUUGUAGGAUCUGAUGAAGAUAACUAUCCAUUGACUAGAAAAGUGCAGCGCGACAUAUGGAUCCAUCAGCACCCUUUAAACUGUAGCAACCCGAAUGUCAAGUUCCUUGUUGCUGAUUGGGAGAGAUUACCUGGAUUUGGCAUUGGGGCUCAGAUUGCUUCAAUGUGUGGACUUCUUGGUAUUGCAAUCAAUGAAGGAAGAGUCCUUGUUGCUAACCAUUACAACCGAGCUGAUCAUGAUGGUUGUAAAGGGUCUUCACGGUCUAGUUGGAGUUGUUACUUCUUGCCAGAAACAUCCCUUGAAUGCCGUCAGCGUGCUUUCGAACUUAUGAAAACUGAAGAGGCAUGGAGCAAAGGAGUUGUGACCACAAAAGAAAGCUAUACAUCCAAAAAUAUAUGGACUGGACCAACUCCUAGGAAGUGGGGACUUCCAUGGAACUAUUUGCAACCUACAACUUCUAUAAAUGGAAGUUUGCUGGCUUCUCAUAGAAAAAUGGAUAAUCGGUGGUGGAGAGCACAGGCGGUACGCUACUUCAUGAGGUUUCCAACUGAAUAUACAUGCAAUUUAAUGAACGAGGCCCGUCACGUGGCCUUUGGAAAAUUAGCUGCAAAAAUGGUCCUUCAAAGUCUUUCUGCAGACUGGUCCAAGGAAAGCAGUAACAAACAGCAGUCUGAUAUCAAUGAAUAUGUAUGGUCGAAUCACAAGCCGUGGGUCCCUAGGCCUCUUCUAAGCAUGCAUGUAAGGAUGGGAGACAAAGCAUGCGAAAUGAAGGUGGUUGAAUUUGAAGAAUACAUGCAGCUCGCUGAUCAGAUUCGGAGUCAUUUCCCGAACCUUAAUAGCAUUUGGCUUUCCACUGAAAUGCAGCAAGUAAUUGACAAAACAAGAGAAUAUUCACAUUGGAACUUUUACUAUACAAAGGUAAGGCGCCAAGUUAGGAGUAACAUGUCAAUGGCAGACUAUGAAGCCAGCUUAGGUAGAGAGAUUAGCACUAAUUAUCCACUAGUUAAUUUCUUAAUGGCUGCUGACUCAGAUUUUUUUGUUGGGACAUUGGGGUCUACUUGGUCCUUCCUUAUAGAUGGAAUGAGAAAUACUGGGGGAAAGGUAAUGGCUGGAUACUUGAGUGUUAACAAGGAUAGGUUUUGGUAAUGUCUUGUAAAUUAGAUCAUUUGUAAAUAUUAUUAUGAUAAUAAUAUGAGUAAGUAGUAUGUAUAAUUACUGCAGCAUGAUCUCUAAUAGAAAGAGUGAUGGAAAAAUCAAUUACUCAAAAUGAUUGGACUUUGUUC